UGCAUCCUGCCGGUGGGAGACUCAGGAAGAUGGCUCAGUGAGGAGAGGUGGAGGUGCAGCUCUGCAGGCACCGGUCCGACUACACCUGGACUCAACCGGAGGACAAACACCAAAAAAAACGAAGGGAGGCUUGGACACCAUAUGAGACAAAAAAGUUCACAGGGCGCUGGCAUGUCUUCCCCUGUCCGUGUCAUCGUGGUCGGAGCUGGCAGCCGCGGGGAAAAUUACUCCCAGUUUGCAUCCGUCCACCCGGAGCGAAUGAAGGUUGUCGGAGUUGCUGACCCCAGGGAAUUUGCUCGCAAGAAACUUCAGCAGCAGCACGACAUUGAAGAUGACAAUGUGUUUGAAGACUGGCCGAGGAUAAUAGCCAGAGAGAAGUUUGCAGACGCCGUGUUAAUUUGUACUCCAGACCGUCUUCAUAAGGAACCUGCCGUGGCCUUUGCAAAGAGGGGCUACCAUGUUCUGCUGGAGAAACCCAUGGCUACAACUGCUGAAGACUGCAAAGAGAUCGUGGAGGCCUGCACUCAGAGCGGCGUGAUGCUGACGGUGGGUCAUGUUCUCCGAUACGAUCCUGUCAUCCACAAGAUCAAGGAGCUGAUAGAUGCUGGAGUCGUUGGUGACGUGGCCCAUAUUCAGCACCUUGAGCCGGUUGGCUUCUAUCACUUUGCUCACUCGUUUGUUCGAGGGAACUGGAGGAACGAAGCCGAGAGCUCUUUUGCGCUGCUGGCCAAGUCGUGCCAUGACAUUGACCUAAUACAUCACUGGGCAGGGGCACGCAGGUGUGUGAAAGUUUCAUCGUUCGGAGCCGUCAGCCACUUCACAAAAGAAAACAAGCCAGCAGGUGCUGCAGGUCGUUGCCUGGACUGUUCCAUUGAGGGAAACUGUCCAUACUCGGCAUCCAAAAUCUACCUGGAUCGAGUGAAACGGGGACACGUUGGUUGGCCAGUGUCAGUCAUUUGCUCCGACUCGCUCCCGGACAUUGAGUCGGUGACGCAGGCACUGAGGACCGGACCGUACGGCCGCUGUGUGUACGAGUGUGACAAUGAUGUCUGUUCCAACCAGGUUGUGAACAUGGAGUUUGAAGGGGGUGUAACAGCAGCUUUUUCCAUGGUGGCAUUCACGGAGGAGCUGUGUAAGCGAAAGACAACCAUCUAUGGCAGCAAGGGGGAGCUGUCGUAUGAUGGACAUGAGAUCCGAGUGUUCGACUUCCUGACCCAGAAAUCCACCAAGCACACAGCGCCCAGCGACACCCCCGUGCACUUCAGCAUGUCUGGGCAUGGUGGAGCAGACUACCACCUGAUGGAUGCCUUCAUUUCUGCUGUGGCAAACAACGAUGCAUCCCUGAUCCGCUCGGGCCCUGAGGAGACGCUGCUGAGCCACAUGCUGGUGUUUGAUGCGGAGCGGUCGCGGCUGGAGGGCAGAGUGAUCUACUGUGGUGACGCUAACCACAGCUAAAUGACUGAAGGACGCUUUGACAACACAGUAAUUUCAAUUUUUGAAAAACAAUCAACGUUAUCCGGAUGAUUGAAGGCACACUACGAUGAUGCAUGACAGACCGAAUCCUGCGGUGUAUGCAGGUUGAUGAUCGUGCUGUUACUGCUCAGGGAUUUUAAUGUUUCGUGUUUUGAGAGACUCUUCAAAUCUCACAUGAUGUGAUAUGUCUUGAUCUAAGAAACUGAUUUUUCAUGUCAUUUUAUUUGAGGGAUGUGAAUGUAAUUUUUAAAAUAAUUUUAAAUACAAAGUUGGUGCUCUGAUUAAUAUAAAUUGUCUUUGCCUGUGCCAA